UUUGUCAACAUGUCGUUUAGAAGUGGUUUGACGGAAGAUAAACUGUCAGAUAUAGUGAAGGACAUACACAGGCCACAGAAUUGUGAGGCGUUGGUUAAAACCAGAGUCAACCAGGGAAUCUGGAGACUACUGAAAAUGCAUACACAGGCCGACGACAACCGAAUGCAGGUAAUCCAAGAUUUGAUCAUCAAAGCCACAUCCAACCUUGUCAAGCUUAUUGACAAGAAUGCUGACUCUUUAGACCCUUGUGAUAUGGACUGGAGUUCAAACUCUAUUGCGUUGCUUGGACAGGCAAAUAAGUUGAUAAAUAUUCGCCGGAAAGAACUCCAUAAGUCGGAUCUAGAUCCGAAGUACCAUUAUUUGGCUUCAGCAUCUCUCCCAUUCACUGAUCACUUAUAUGGUGACGAUACAGACGUCAACAAGAAUGUGAAGGAGAUCAAUGACCUGAACAAGAUUGGUCGUAAUCUUGGUCGAGGAUUCCCUCGGGGCAACUAUCGUGGCUAUGUUAGCAGACGCCCUCAUCCUUAUUACCGACGAGGGUUCCGUGGUAGAGGUCGUGGUCGGCCAGACAUAUCGGCAGCUUCAAAAAAUGUCAGGAUGGCGCCCAAGAAGUAGAGCAGUCUGAUUGGUCGUCUGGUGCAGAAGGUACUGCUAGACGAAGCAGAGAUGGUCCUGGUGGCGCCUGUUUGGGUAACUCAGAACUGGUACACAGCAGUUUUGGAAAUGUUAAUAGACAUCCCACUAAUCAUCAAAGUAAGUCGCAACACACUACGAAUUCCGGGCUUGAACAAAAUUCACCCUCUUGUAAACAAACUCCAUUUGAUGGCAUGUCAUAUAUCAGGAAAUCAUUCGAAAGCAGAGAACUUUCGGAAAAGUCUGUCGAAAUCAUCAUGGCGUCAUGGAGACGCUCCACUAAGAAGCAAUAUUCAUGUUACAUCAACAAAUGGGUUCUUUUCUGUCGUGAAAGGCAAAGUAAUAUAUUUCAAACCUCUAUAGACUUUGUGAUAGAAUUUCUUACAGAACUUUUUAAUAAGGGUUAUAGUUAUGAAACUUUGAAUUCAGCAAGGAGUGCAUUGUCAAUGCUUUGUGAAUCACAUGAAGGGUAUAAUGUCGGCUCACACCCGUUAGUUGUGAGAUACAUGACUGGUGUGUAUAACUUAAGACCUACAAGAUCAAAGUAUACAGAAACGUGGGAUGUUUCAAAACUUCUGAGUCACCUGAAGACGUUGCCACCAGUGAAUAAUUUGACAUUGAAAAUGUUAAGCUAUAAGUUAGCAACACUUAUUGUUUUGACUCAGGCAAGUCGUUCUCACUCUGUAAGUUUAUUAACUUUAGAAGGUAUGAAAAAGGAUGAGAAUUCCUUUAUUUUGUAUUAUUGUGGGCUUUUGAAACAAUGUCGUAAGGGUAAACGUAACCCUGUUGUAAAUUGCAAGAAGUAUACUCCAGAUAGGAGGUUGUGUGUAUAUAGUACAUUAGAAGAAUACAUAUCGCGUACUAAACAUUUGCGUGGAGAAGAAAAAAGGUUAUUCAUAAGUUACAUUAAACCAUACAAGUUUGUUGUCUCAACAACUAUCAGUAGGUGGAUAAAAUGUGUAAUGAGAGAUGCAGGUAUUGACGUUGAUAAAUAUAAAACACAUAGUGCCAGGGGAGCAGUAACUUCCAAGGCAAAGCAGAGUGGAGUUCCGCUGAAUGAGAUCAUGAAAGUUGCUGGAUGGGCAACAGAGAGGACAUUUGCUCAGUUUUAUGAGAAGCCACUGGAAACAGAGGUAUCCUUCCAGUCCGCAGUAUUACAGUAACAUGUCAGAUACAGGUAAAAAAUAUACAUACGUUACUGUUGAAACAUUUACAUGUCUUAUAGUAAGUGACUCGUAGCCCAUAAAAGUUAUGUCCUCUUGUGUCGAAGUCUCAUUUGAGCACGGAAGUUGUAUGACGUAAUAGAA